AUGGUAGCAAUGCCUACCGUGUCCGACUAUUACCAUCGCUUGGAGUCUCGAAUCGGCUACAGGAUUGUUCUAGGAGGAACAAGACACUUUGGGUACUACAAAAAGGGGACGCUAUGGCCUUUCCCUAUUCAUGAUGCUCUGCAGCGGAUGGAAGAGCGUCUCUAUCUCACACUUGGCUUGAAAGAUAGCUCGUUGGUGUUGGAUGCCGGAACUGGGAACGGAGAUGUUGCGAUAUUCAUGGCCAAAAAAGGUCUGAAGGUUAAAGCCAUCGAUCUCCUUGAUAUGCACGUGGGAUGGGCGCGCAACAAUGUCAGGCGCAUGCAUCUAGGUGACCGGAUUGAGGUAUCAACUGGCAAUUACGAAAAGUUGAACUUCGACGACGAUACCUUUGACGGCGUCUACACGAUGGAGACAUUAGUCCAUGCGGGCGAACCUCGACAGGCGAUGAAAGAGUUCUAUCGCGUUUUGAAACCCGGCGGAGUUGUCACACAUGUCGAAUACGAGCACGACAUGGACAGUGAUCCAGUCGGACGGAAGGCCUUGCGUCGAAUCAAUAUGUACGCACACAUGCCCGCGUUUGAGCAAUUUAGCGUGGACACUAUUGGGGAGAUGCUUCAAGGCGUUGGCUUCCAAGAUGUCGAAGUCCAGGAUCUUUCCAACAACGUUGCUCCAAUGAUGCGCUUCUUCUUCCUCUUAGCGUACAUACCUUACCUCAUCAUCAAGUUGUUCGGCUUAGAGUCAUAUUUCGUCAAUGUCAUGGCCGGUGUCGAGCUAUGGCGUCACGGCGACCAUGUUCGGUUCCUGAUGGUGAAGGCCAGAAAGCCUCUCAGAAAGCGCCCAAAUUCGGGAUGA